UUCACAUUCGUCGUCGACCGGUACUACUGCAAUGUCUCGGGCAAUCUCCACGGUGGCGCACAGGCGACGAUAUACGAUAUGUUGACAGGCAUGUCGAUUCAAGGAAUCGGGAGGAGGGACUUUUGGAUGAAUGGCGGUGUUUCGAGGAGUUUGAGUGUGACUUAUCUACGACCGGCACCGGAAGGGACUUUGCUGGAGUGUGAUGUUGAGUUGAUGCAUGCUGGAAAGUCGUUGGCGCUGAUGAGAGGUGUUAUGAGGAGGGCGGAUGAUGGGAAGCUGAUCAGUACCUGCGAGCAUGAUAAGGCGGCUGUG